AUGGAAUCUGACAGCCACCUAGCAAAGAAGGAGCUUGUCCUCAGAGUUAUCAAACUUGUCCGUCCAAUUGAUGUGGUUGUCAUUCUCAGCUCCAUCAUUGCAAUGUACUUAUUUCGUAUUCCAGAUGGCUUCGAGUUAAAUCCAAUAUGGCAACUGAAGCGAAAUUCUGGUGAUCAAGGGACCCAGUAAGAUUUUACUUCCUGUCAGCAUUAAUGGGGUGUGAUAAUUCUAGGUUUUUUGGUAGCCAUACCCGACUGGUACCAAUAAUUAUCGCCAUGUGUGAGGUGGUCAGGGAUCCAUACAAAGUUUUCAGAAUUUUAUUGAACUCUGGAGGUGGUACAAAUCCAACGAUGAAGAUAAAUAUUUUUAUGAUAUUUGCAUGGUUUGCUAAAAUGCAUUCAUUGUGUAUCAUGAAACUACCGGUACCAAGUUAGAACCCGAAAGUCUGAAAUAUUGAUAAUGUGCAUGUCUCUGUGAUAUUUUUUUAUAUAUUAGGAAUAUAACACCUCCAAAAACAUUGAAUUCUUCAUGCGCACCUUUUUCUAUCAGCCCAGGUUUUUUAAUAGGUUAAAUAUGUACCAAGACAUAAAAAUGUUGAAUUUUACCUAUAUAUACCCUAUACAACUACUUACUGAUGAUUUUGAAUAUCUUGAGAAGUUUGCCGGUCAUAUGGUCAUAAUCACAGUCAUAUACAGUAUCAUGAUGUCACCAUGAUCAUGACUUUCUUUCAUAUGUAGGGUUCAACCUUUAAUCACAGAUUUAGAUGGAAAUAGUUUAAAAGGUAUAUACAGUUUCUCUAUAAGUUAAUUCCUCAUGGCAGGCCUUGAAUUUCCCUGAAAUCAAUCGACGGCAAUGGCGUUAAAAAUUGCCGUAGAACGUAACAGCUGUCUACGGCAAUCCUGACAGUUUCCACAGCAUUUUUCAAAUUACUGUAAUAAAACUUUAAUUUUAUUGUUACUUUUGAUUUAUGACAAGCUAGAAACAUGUCUACGUAUUUCUUUAGUUGGUUUUUUGUUAAGAAAACUGACACUAAAAUAGUGAUUAUGCAUGAUUUGAUCAACAUCUGAAUUCAAGUAUCAAACUAGUAAUGCACAGUGAAUAGUAUAAAAAUUGCUGUUGUUGCUGCAAUGAUCCAUGGCAUUUUGUUCUCCCUCUACGGCAAUUGCCGCAAUAAAAUUCGAGCCCUGCCUCAUGGUUUGAAUAAUCAAUCAAACUAAAUAAACAUCUACUUUUGUACAGUUUCAGACAAUUUUGCUUGCCAAAGAUCCUAGCUUGUACAUUUAGAAGUUUACCAACUACCAAUAUAUAUGCAAUGCAUGUUCUUAACCUAUUAAGCAGAACACAUUUAUGUCUAUGUACUAUUAUAUAUAGAAUUGUUGAUUGCCUCAGAAAACAAGAUUGAAAUAUUUUCCUUCCAUGCCAAUGAAUUUGAUGAUGAACAUGACAUUCAUGAAAGAGCGAAAGAUGACACACCAACUAGUUCCGUGUUGUACCAUUUACAUCAAAAGGUUUUUAUUUUUGUUUUUGUUGAAACUAGCAACAUGUAGUUUGUUAUCAAAUGUCUCAAGCUAAGGAUUCUAGUGAAAUGUAUAAUAUGCAGAAUUUGUAGAUAUAUGGUACAUAAACAGAAGGGUAUAUCAUCAUCAGUUGAUGGGUUUUAAGCAAACUGCUUAAUAAAGGGGAAACUUGCACUCUAGGGGUGCAAUGCAACUUAAUGGUUAACUUUGCCAGUAGGUCACUGAACAUACACUGUAAAAAAAUUUGACUAAAAAAUUUGAUUAAAUAAUGCAUCCAUGUUGACUCAAAAUAUUGAGUAAAAAAUCAUUACUCAACAAAUUGCUCAUAAAUUUGAGUAAUUUUAACUUACAAUUUUCAGUCACGUUGGGUGCAUUAUUUAACUUUAUAUUUGUGUGUAAUAAGGCACCGGACUAUGAUAGACUGGACAUCCCCUCAAUUUGGACCUUCCCAUGAUAGCCCCCCCCCCCCCGCCCCCCAUUGGCUUUCCUCCCAAUUUUAAAGAGAGUCCCUGGACUGUUCACUAGUGUAUUGUAGCUUCAGAAUGUUGUACUGUAGAUACUUUUUUAUAUACAAUUGAGCUGUGUACUGAUUUUUAGGGUGAGCUCAGUUUUAGUCAAAUACACAGCAGAGAUGAUGCAGUAACAGUCUAUCCUGUUGCAAUGAAUUCUGGCUGCAUUAGUACAUCAAAUCAUGAGAUCUGUUCACAGGUAUACAUGUACAUACAUGUUCUCUUUUGACAUUCAGUUCUCAAUACUGGUAAAAAUACUUUGCAGUCUUGCCAAAAUUAUUCUCAUUUACACAGCAAUAUGUCUUUGUAUUAACACGUAACUUCACAGACAUUAAUUGUAACAAAAGUAGUCCAACAAAAAUCAACAGUUAGUGGGAGAAAGUGGGAAAUUAAGCUACAGUAGUUUAAGUUUGCAAAUUAAUUAAAUUUGUGAUUUAUGUUUCACGGUGAGCGAAGGUUUUUUGCAGACACUUAACUCAAAAGAAGUAAUCUUACACAUUUUAUUUUAUUAAUACGUUAUAAUAGGGAUUUAAUCUCACUUUUAUAUAAUUACUAGGUAUUGGCUAUUGUUUGGAGUGAUUGGACUGUUACAUUACUAUCACAUCAGUUGAAAAUCCUUUGGAGAUCAAAACCCAUGAACAUAACAUUUGAACCAAAAUUGAAAAUCACGUAAGACCAUACUACAGUGUCUACAGAAUAACUUUUUUCUUUCGGCCCUGUGGCCCCUGUCCACAUGUAUCUGUGGUGUGAUGUAUGAACCCUGAUAAAUCUAGCUCCCUUUAAUCAAAAUGAUGAUCUAUUUUAAAAAUCUUUUACGCAGCGAAAUGAGUGUUCUUAUUGCGGCUGGUAAUAAAAGCGUUUUUGGAGAGAAUGGUUUGGUUAUAGUUGGUGGUGUUCUCAACCUCAAAGACCAUAAAACUUCUGACUCUACUAGAGAGUAAGUACCAGACUAUUUCCAAAAUGUCAAGUUACAUACGCAACCACACGCAAGCAUUCAGCUGAAAAAGUUGGCAUCCACCGAAUUAACACCAGCGCAUAAUUUAUGUAUAUAAAGUUGUGGGAAACAUCUGUUGUUGAGGCUCAUCAGAUACCCUGCAUUACGCCGAGACGAUGAUGCACUCAGCUUGUGAAUAUUCCACAUGUUUCAACACAGGCGUAGAAAAUAUCUCUCUUUUCCUAGCAGCAAAAUCCAAAAAUAAAAAUUUCCUGUGUAAAGCCCGUUCUCCACUAGGCGAAUUUAUUCGCGCGAACAGUAAAAAAGUAGGAACUGAUCCAACUUUUUCGCGGCGAAGUUUUUCGCUGACCAAUCACAUUGCCAAGAUUUGUUUUUGCUUCGCGUCGCGCGAAAAAAUUCGCCUAGUGGAGAACGGGCUUAAGUAAGUCAAAUAUAAAAACUCCUGCAUAUGUAGAGAGUGUUAGCUAGCCCAUAUACUGUCCGUUUGACGGACUCUUCCCAAGGGGAUUUCCCAUUUGGGUCUACUGGAAGUUUUUCUGAUGAGAAAGUGCAUUUGCAUUUGAUUUUUUAUUAUUAUAUCAAAGAACGUUUUAUUUACUUUUUCCCAUUAACUAUUUUCUCAAAAUGUAUCGCGUUUCAUUCAUAUUGGGUGUGUAUUCACUGACAUGAAAUGUACAAAUUACAAAACAAAGUGUAAUCGGUGUGCAUCCAUGUUCAUUCACCGGAAAUGAAAUAUACAAAACGAAGUGCCAUCGGGUGCAUUUUUCAGUGUUCAUUCACCGGAAAUGAAAUGUACAAAACCAAGCUGCCGUUGUUUGCAUCUAAGGAGAAACGCGUUGGAAAAACACUAUUUAUUCCUACACAAGGACUUUGAUCGAUCAAAAAAACUUUCCCAAUUUACGUUUAACGGGCAAAACUUUUUUCUUCUGGCUAACACCCUGAUGUAUAGGUAUACAUAAAUAUAAAAGGUCCCGCACAUUGCAAUCAACUAGUUCAAUCUCGGCACAAGAUAGUCUCGACUUGCAAAAUACUUUUGGAAUUUUUAAACAAUAAGUAAAUUAUGUUUGCAUGAUGUUACUCUGAGUGUAUAUCCACACCGAGAAGGCUUGGUGCAGAAGGUGCAGAAGCAUGUUCUAGCAAUGGUGCAUCGUCACCAGUGUGUUUGCAUGUACACAAGAAGAAAAGUCCAAACAAGAAACAGCUGCUGAAAAAGUUAGAAGUACAUAACACCAACACAGAAAAAGAUCAUGAUUACUAGAUUGCAUUGAUAUCGAAGGAACUAGACUCAGUUCCGAAAUAUCACAUACUCGAACCGACCUGACCGCGUAGCUCAGUUGGCAGAGCAUUGGGCUAGUAUUCCAAAGGUCGUAGGUUCGAUUCCCACCGUGGCCAGGCAUAUUUUUCAAGCUUGCCCGGUGUGGAUAUACACUCAGAGUAACAUCACAAACAUCAUAUUCACCUGAGUACAUUACACCAACACAGAAAAAAUAAUAAGUAAAUUAUAUGGCAUUCCAGAGUAUAAGAUGAAAAACAUUUCCUGCAAGAUGUAAGAAAAUUUCUGGCAAAGAGAAUUUGUUUUUAAAUUUCCUGGCAGCGGUGCUGCUGGUGCUGUCGGACAUUUUCCAGCACUGUUUCAACACAUGAUAAUUAUUGUAUAUGAAAUUUCAAGACAUGAUCAUUCUCGACGACCUGAAGUGAAUAAAACAGCGGAAGAAAUCAGCCGUGAACGAGCUGGGGUUGAGCUUGAGAAAGAAAAUGGCCACGCAUUCUCUCACCAUCUUGAUCCUGUAAGUCAUAGAAUAUUGAAUGCACCAUUUGUAAAGCCGUGGUCGAACGAGAAUGAGAGUUGAUGAGAGUUGAUAAGUGGUAGUUUUCUUUGAGAAUUUUCUCAACUCUCAUGCCUCGGUCAAACGAGAAGCAGAGCUGCAUGAGAGUUGAGAAGCGAGAGUUUGCAUGACGCUUUCUCAAAUCUCAUGUCCCGAUCAAAGAGAACAAGAGUUGAUGAGAGUUGAGAAGCGAGAGUUUGUAUGAGAGUUUUCUCAAAUCUCAUGUCCCGGUCAAACGAGAACAAGAGUUGCAUGAGAGUUGACUACUAGUGCAUGUCGAAAACUGGCAUUAAAAUUUGAACCAGUUCAAAGUUAAUGAGAGAUGAUCUCAUCAACUCUCAUCCUCGUUUGAGCGAUGCUUAAUUUUAUGGUGUGCAUGAUGUGAUUGGUAUAUGUAGUGUGGAAUGGGGACGUACAGUAGUGUGCUAUGGUAUUGUAUAAUGGUGCGGUAUGGUAUAAUAUGUCAUGGUGUUAAAUAGUAUGGGAUCUUCUUGUCAUGUGUGGUAUGUUAUGGUAUGGUGCGGUAGUGUAUAGUGUGACUUAUGAUAUACUGUAGUUUGGCAUGGUAUGCAAUUGUAUGGUGUGAUUUAUGAUAUACUGUAGUUUGGCAUGGUAUGCAAUUGUAUGGUGUGAUUUAUGAUAUACUGUAGUUCAAGUCAAGUCAUGUUAUGUUAUGGUAUGGUAUGGUAUGGUAUGGUAUGGUAUAGUGAGGUAUGGUAUGGUGUAGUGUGGUGGUAUAUGGUGUAGUGUGUGGUGGUAUUGUGUUGUGUUAUGUGAUAUGCUAUGGGAUAAUACAAUGUAUAUCCUUUCAUAUUUUGUUUGAUUAAUUUUUGUGAUCAAAAUUCUGUAGGCGUUGGCAAAAUAUGUUGGUCAUUUUACCAGUUAUGCUUUGGAUGGUGGUACGGGAGAGACCAGAUGGAAACAUGAACCUGGAGAUUUUGAAACGAAAUUAGAGCAUAAUGAGGUGAGAUUUAACCCACUGAGCGUCAGCACUCUCCCCUUGACGAGUAAAAUCGUCUGGCGUUAGACAGAGCAAUAUAAUAAUCAGGGCGCAUUGGGAUGCAACGCAACUUAAUGGGUUAACGUACACUAAUGGUAAUAUUUAUCUUCAAUUAGCCUUUGUCACUAUGACGAAUAUCCGCCAUUUUUGGGUGGCAUCUAAUUCCCGUUAACCAAUGCAGCCAUGCAAUUAAAACAAUGUGAAAAGCAAUUUUUCAAAAUAAACUAACCAUUUACGAAGCAAAUUUACCAUCAUCCGUCCAAAAAAUUAUAAAAAGUCGCUGUUAUGUGGACUUAUCUCACAGACUUCGGCUCAGAAAAGCCGCCUAAAAAUGGCGGCGUGAGCAAGGCUAAUUGAUCUAAAAAAGCUUAACGAAUUUUAAGUUUUGUCGCACGUAAUAUUCUCUCUAGAGAUUCAGUACUGUAAUAGCCAGCGAAUACAGACUACUCUCAUCGGCGACUUUGGCUAUGUUUACAUUGUAUCGGAUCACGUUGCGUCCGACGCAAAAACCAUACCGGAUAGGGCUUCUGUUUACAUAUGAAAUGUUGUUAUCGUCUCAAUUUCUGCAACGGACCGGUGGUGCGGCGGUUCGCUCUUCGAAGUGGUGCGCGGUGUAUCGGAUCGGUUUUUGCAACGCUCUCAUUGUAAUGUAAACACCAAUCGGAGCAAUUUCGGUUCAAUGCGUGACUCAAGAUGGAAUCUGGCAAACAACAACUUACUAUUCUAAUAAUAUAUAGAAGAAAAUACGACGGCAUAGAUGGGCGGGGCGGAAGCUGUUUACACUUGGGCCGUAACUUUUCGCGAACGAAACAAAAACUGAUCCGAUACAAUGUAAACAUAGCCUUAUCAUCUAUUUGCACGCCACUGUAGUUCAGUAAAGGCUCGUUUACACUUGCAAGUUUUGUUGCGAUUUCCAGUGCGAUUAUCGUCUUCUGGUGUAUGUGAACGAGUAAAUAAGUUAUGAAUGCUCUGAGUAUUAUAUUCAUUUCAAUGCCCUCAUCUAAACAUUCCUAACUCAUCCACUCGUUCACAUCCAUCAGGAGAAGAAAAUCGCAUCUAAAAGUGUAAACGAACCUUAAGGGUCACCCAGUUUACUACAGGCGGAAACGUGGGAGAACGUACUGUAUGCCUUUGAUAAAGUCAAACUGGAAACGUUUCUCUCAAAUGUACCCUACGUCGAAUGUCUUUUAUGUAAUAUUUCAAAUCCGACUACGAGGACUGGACUAGAUUUCACGUCCGCGCAACUUGAUCAUAGGGAGCUUAAGAUCUACAACGCGAAUUUGUGACGCGGACGUGCUUACCGAAUCCUAGUUUUCGAGUGUGAGCCUAGUCAGAGUUGUCACAGUUUACUUCUGCGAGAUUUGUGACACUGUUAUGACACGUUAACAGCCAUACGAUAUGAUAGAAACCAGGCUUUAUAGACUAUUGUUACGAAUGCACAUUUUCCCGCCAAAACUACCAUCCGAGACGACGUGAUAUUUGCAAAGAUUCGUCGUCAUAGAAGUCGUAAAAACUUAUGAUAAAACAUAUCUUCUUAAUAUAUUGCUAGGCUCUGUUAUGUUGUACAUUUUUUCCAGUAUAAUUUCAUUUUAUUUACUGUGAUAAAAAUAUUUUAAUGGUAUUUGCCAUCGUUUUAAAAUAAAACUUGUUUAAUGCGACGUCCGCGUCGUAAGUCCGCGUUGUAGAUCUUAAGCUCGCUCAUGUCUGAGGCGAAGCCGAGGACUGGAUUAAAAUACGAGGAAUUAAAAUCUAAUCCAGUCCGAAUUGGAGGAUUUGAAAUGACAUCUCAUACGAAUAAAUCACUACUUAAUUAAUUUUGACUGGAUUCCUAAGACUGGAUCAAUGUACUUCAUCAGGUAUCCAGUAUUAUCAUGUGAGCAAAAUAAAGCAAUAUGUUUGGCUAAUUUACUCAUGAAUUAUUAAUGAGUUUGAGAUAGAUACUUACAGUAUUAUUAUAUGUUAAAUGCGCCUUCAUUGCAUGAUUAUCGAAAGCAUUUAUAUACUGUGCUAAAUUAUCCUUAGACUGCCAGGGUGUUAGCCAGAAGUAAAAAAAAUCCGCGUUUACCUGAAAUUGGGAAAUUUAUUUUAGCCUGAAGCCGGGCAUUUCUUUGUGGGUCUGGGGGCAUGCAUGCGGUUGCCCCCUCUCGAUUUUUAAAAUUUUUGUGUCUUUGAAAUGGCAUUUCCCGCAUUUUGGGAGUAAUUUUGAGCAAAUGUAGUUAUAAACAUGUUUUUAAUGGCGUAUUAACAACAAUGAAUUUCUAUAACUAUUUUUUGGCUGACCCAAAUUGGGAAAUUGCGACCUCAAGGUAAUUGGGAAAACCGCGUUUAACGCAGAAUAUUUGACUGUAGCUAACACCCUGACUGUGAUAUAAAAUUAUUGACAGAAACACAUUUUUAUUAUCUAUAUUUAGGAACAAGAGUCACUUCAUUUUAAACUUCGUCUUAAAAAGAAAUCCUUGCACCGCGGCGAAGUUCAUUGGAAAAAAUACAGCCAAUCCUUUCUAAACCACCUUCCAUAUUCUUGGUCUGACCACAGAGACACAAGUAUAUCAUUGGGAGAAUUCACAAGAUCGGUUUCGAAACCUUCCAGAAAUACUGAGGGGACCAUGGCUGAACAAUUAAUGACUUUGGCAAAAACUGGAAUUACUAGGUUACCUGAAAAGGAGAUCCAAGAUUUAAAUUCGGUUGUAAUACGGCGUAGCCAUGGAAUUGAGGUCCUUAACUUGAAUAAAGGCAGUCCGCUUUGCUUCUUACCUUUAGACGCUAAGCAUUCAACGCUCGCUGAUGUUAAUGGUGAUGAAAGCAUUGAUUUGGUGAAGUUACUUGUUUAUCAAGAGAAUUCGAAGUCAGAAUGUUUUCUCGUGGCAUCAGAUGCUCUGGUAACAUCGUCGAUAUUGUUUAAUAAUUCAGUAUGUCAUUCUUCACGAGACGAGGAUUUUUUAGGUGAGUUUAAUUCAUUAAAGCUUGUUUCAAGUGUGGAGAUUGUGACACAGUUAUCAGUCAAGCUAUAUCCCAGGAGAAUAUAAUUGGGAAUGGCGAUAGAUUAUGUGGCUUUAGACCUAACAAAACAUGACGACUACAAAUUCAAUAGAAAUACUGCCUUAUUAGUAUUCUUUAUCAAAGAAUACAAUGAGGGCACGACUAUACAAUAGAUAGGAUACUAAUUAGGAGUGUUUUAUCAGGUUUAAAGCCCCUGCACGUGACAUAUUGUGGUUGACAUGAUUUGCCAAUAAGCUUAUGAAUUAUUAAUGAGUGUUUGAAGGGAUUGUUAAAAGGUAUAAUCCAUGCAUAUUUGGCUUUUGCCAAUCCCAAGGUACCAUCACAAGGUGCAUAACAGUCCUGAGUCUCCCUGACUUUUCUCAAAAUGAGGGAUUAAAUUAUGUGGGCACGAAGUAUAGUAAAGUAAAGAAUUCACACCAUGAAUCAUACAAAUAUUUUGGUUUUUAUUCUCACCCCCAUGUUGGAUUUUACAUCAGCAUUUCGCCAUUUUAUAUGAUCAUCAACAUUUAAAUGGUAAGGGGCGAUUUGUUGCUUUUGCAAAGUAGGAAACGGGUGAGUCAAUUAAGAGGUCUAUAGAUAUUUGGUAUGUGAGAGAAUAAUGUAAAUACUUUUCACUUUAUGUGAUAUUGUACAUAUGUACAGUAGUACUCUUGUAUUUAGAGGUCAAUAGGUCGACUUGAGAGAUGUAUAAUAUUUUGUUUGUGGAAACACCAUGUAAAUUUAUUACUGCAAAGCUUUCAAUCUGAUAUUAUUAGCACUGAUGAAGAUCCGGGCUUACGGAUCGAAAGCUUUGCAGUAAUAGAUUUACGUGGUGUUUCCACAAACAAAAUAUUAUAUAUUUUUUGUUUGUUUUAUUGUUCUUCUAGAUUAUUACAAAAUUAAAUAAGUUUUGUCUGACGUUUCGGUUUCCUAUACGAAAACCAUUUUCGAAGACUUGAACGUUCGAAAAUGGUUUUCGUAUAGGAAACCGAAACGUCAGACAAAACUUAUUUAAUUUUGUAAUAAUCUAGAAGAAAAAUAAAACAAACAAAAAAUGAAUGAACCUAGAUUCAAACCUUUUAACGAAAAUAUUAUAUGUUUUAUCGCCAUGCAAACCUGCAAAUAACUUAUUGAGACAUUUACUUUAUUGUAGUGUUGACAUUUUUGAAAUUUCUGUUGAAGAAUAGUGCUUAUUGAGACCGUUCAAUACAACCACCCCAAUUUGUUUUCACAGGCGAUGCCACCUUAUCUGAUAACGAAAACAUCAAAAGUCUUCCCCCAUUGCUAACAAGAACUGUUAAACGUUCAUCUGGGAUCUUACAUCACGUGCUUGGCCAUGGUUUGUCACGUCAUCACGUUGGCAUGGAUACCGUUGUGCUGACGUCAUCUGGAAAACUCUCUGCGUAUGAACCAUCUGGGCGAUUUCUGUGGCAGGUGAGAAUAUGAAUUCAUGAUUUGACAAAAAUUUCACUCUCUUUAAGAGAAACACGAUUUAUUUAGAUCAGACGUCAUUCAUGCGGCCCCCGCGUGGAAUCUUCGUGGCUCGGUAAAAAUAUUGAAACAAUCAGCGGGAAGUUUUUUAUGCGUUUUCAUCUGCAAAGAAGACGCUAGGUUUUCAUUAUAAUCCUAUGAUGAAAACACAAAUCAUAAGCGUGUCGUAUCUUUAUAUGUGAUAGAGAUUUCCCUUGAUUUACAUAAACUUUAACUUUCAUUUUCUCGACUUAGGCAACGUAUUUUUUGAAAAUUACUUCGCCAAUGAACUUACUAGAUUGAUCGUUUUUGAAGCAAUUUGAAACAUUCGCAGUGCGUGUUUUAUGAGACCUAAAGAUACUCGGCUUCGCCUCGUAUCUUUAUAUCUGAUAAAACACUGCUGCUGAUGUUUUCACUUGUUUCUUUCGUUCUUUCUGAGAUGUUGAAGUAUAUUUUAUAUGCAAAUUAUCCUCAUUUUGACGUCUAAUUAUCCUAUAAUGAGUAAUGGCUUUCUGGAAAUAAUAUUAAAUUCUUAUAUAUAACCUAUAUACGAAUUUGUCGACAUAUAUAUCAGUUUUGUGGUAUUGAGGAAUUUAUAAGAUGUUCGUGUAUACGGACUGUAGGCCUUUUAAAAGCUAGAACAAUAUCGAUUUUCCAUUUUAAGUUUGACACAAUAUUACAAGAUGCCAGAUGGCUUUUUAAAAAGUUUAUAUCAAUUAUCAAGACUGUUCCGCUUUAAUUAAAUUUCGAAAAACUUGGCGUUUCUAAAUUAAAACUCGCUGGCAAACAGGGACGUUGCGAGGACUUUGUUGGUGGGGGUGGGGGAGGGGAUGUAGGGGUCAAAUUACAUGACCAUACAGACGUAAUCAUAAGUACUUUGAAGAGGCCAGUAAAGUUUUGUAAUGUAUGCUUUGACUUACAUACAAAAAUAUAAAGCCCCGUUUACACUACGAUUUUUGGUACCGUACCACUUUUUUGGUUCUUGGACUACCUAAAUAGGUAGUCCAAGUCCGUACCAAAAAUUGAGCGUAGUGUAAACGGGGCUUAUGUAACUUUGUUUUUUGCCGUUGUCGUUUUCGGUUGCCAUGAAAACUCUCCAUUAGCACACACUGGAAAUAGUAGGGAAAUCCUAUUUCCGUACUAAUUGCAAUUUUCAUGCACUAUGAAUACAGUAUGGGAAUUGUAGUAUGGAUUUUCCUUAUUUUCUCCAGUGAUAAUGGAUACGAGCAAAAAAUCUACCGCGGGGAUAGGGGGAAUGCUUCCUCGAGAAAAUUUUGAAUGGGGGGAGGUGUGUUAUACACCUCACAUACCCUUGUUAGCUACGGUCUUUUCGACAAGAGCUGUGAAACGCUGGCGACAGCUGGCGUCUCGCUUCUCUCUUGCUAAACGACACAAUCGACACAUCUUUAAGAUGAACAAGCUUUUGUUGGCAGGGAUGCAACGACAGUCGAACCUCUAUUAGGCGGCCCUCCAUUAAUUAAGCGGCCACCCUCUAUUAAACGGCCACAUAUUGAAGUCCCGAAAUUUUUGUAAUACAAAUACUAUAAACUAUAUCCCUCUAUUAAACGGCCACCUCUAUUAAGCGGCCGCGGCCACCCAAAGAGCGGGCCCGAAUGAUGUUUUAUGUCAAUAUUUACCUCUAUUAACUAAAAAUCAGGCCUUAAAAUAUCUUUUCCAGGGCCGUCUGACAAAAUGUCCGGUGAUGUUGAGUUUGGGUCGGACAUAUGUCCGAUGACCUUCAGUUCAGUUUUGACUCGGAAAUAAGUCUGAAUGACACAAAUGAAUAAACGGUAAAUGUUGUAAAGAUAAUUUGUUUCUUUCAUACUUAUUUCCAAGCCAAAAUUAACUUGCUUUCCAGAACAGCAGUAUCAAAAAGACUUCGACAACUUAAGCCCGUUUUCCACUUCACCAUUUCGCUCGCCGCCACGCGCUCGACUACAUUAAAACAACAUUUCCAGUUCACCUUUUAUACAAUAGUAUUCUGAUUUUCCAUUUAACAUUUUGAUUUACGUCGGACAAAGCUACAGUUCGGUCGGACACCAAUACACUCGGAUCGGACAAACAAUAAACCUCAGUUUCACUUAGGUCGGACAGAAUGUCCGGUGGUUUCCUUUCUACGUCGGACAAUUUCACGAAUGGGUCGGACAAUGUCCGUGACCGACCGAUAUUUUAAGGCCUGAAAAAUUAAGCGGCCAGCCUGCAGGAUUUACUUGGCGCAACGCCUUGUCACGAGAACCGAAAAUAAAAGUCGAGCUAAUUUGCUUUAUUUGUAAAAUAAGGCUUAAAAAUUAAGUUUUAACACAUGCCACUUUACAUCUCAAAAGCUCUACACUUCAAAAGAUUUGACUACGCACAGGGUCCAUUAUUUGCGUACCUCUAUUUAGCAGCCACCUCGAUUAAGCGGCCACAAAGCCGAUCCCCGAGGGUGGCCGCUUAAUAGAGGUUCGACUGUACAUGAAAAUAUAAAGAGAAUUUCGACGUUUCGAGCGAAGGCCGUUCAUCUGGAAACGUCGAAAUUCUCUUUAUAUUUUUCAGGUAGUUGUAUUCCUACCAACGAAAGCUUGUUCGUAUUCUUGGCACUACCUACGCUUGCUAUAAGAUUAUAUGUUUGCUAUGAGAUUAGAUACGGACCAUUAGAAAAGUGAUGGGGGGGGGGUCCAUUUCCAACGUGUACGAUUAUUUUUUCAAAAUUUUUUGCUUGUGUCGAUUUUUUUUUUAAUAAUCCCUCGGUCAAAUUUUAUAUUUUUUCCAAAAAUUGUUGGAAAUGUUUUCCAGGACAUAAAAAAAGGGGUCAAAAAAAAUUUAGGUUUAGAAAAUUUUUCUCACACCAUUACUUAUAUCAAAAAACGUUCCAAAUUAUUUUUCUUUUAUUUUCCAAAUUUGGGGGCCACCCUUACACUGUACCUCUGAUAGGCCCUGUCAACUUAUAAUUUUCCCUAUUGAAAAGUCUCUGCACGAAUUUUUUUUCAAACUUUUCUGGUGCACGAAUUUUUUUCUGUUUCCCCUGCUCGAUUUUUGCUUUGAUGCCCCUCCCCCAUCACUUUUCUAAUGGUCCGCCCCUUAUAUGUUUGCUAUAAGAUUAUAUGUUUGCUAUAAGAUUAUAUGUUGGCUAUAAGAUUAUAUGUUGGCUAUAAGAUUAUAUGUUGGCUAUAAGAUUAUAUGUUGGCUAUAAGAUUAUAUGUUGGCUAUAAGAUUAUAUGUUGGCUAUAAGAUUAUGUACUGUUUAAUAAACGAGUAGGAGUGUUUUAUCACAUAUAAAACACGACGCGUAGCGGAGUGUUUUAUAUGUGAUAAAACACGAACUACGAGUUUAUCAAACAGCUUCAAAAACGUCUCAGUUAGAUCACGGCAUUGGCGAAAUAAUUUUCCAAAAUAACUUUGUAUUAGCUGAGAAAAUAGAAGUUGAAAUUUGAAGCGUGUUUUAUCACAUUUUAAGACACGCCACGCUAUGAUUUCUCUUUGUGUUUUCCUCAUGAAUUAUUGAGUUUUUGAAAUGUUGGCUUUUAGAUUAUAUGUUGGCUAUAAGAUUUUAUAUAGUAACGUUAAUAAUUCAAGCGCUAGCUUUCAUUGGUCGAGAGCCAUGAUCUAUAAGAGGACAAACGCACGGAAUUACGUCACACGUGACGUAACUUAAGGUAGCCAAUAGCAUUCUCUUAUUUGUAUAGAUCAUACACGCGUGAUAUUUGUAAAAUUUCGACUUUUUCAAAUUUCAAAAUGUUUGGGCGGAUAAAAAGUAAGCUAUUUACCUAAUUUAAUUCGGGGUUUUUCUUUUUAUUAUAUAAACCGGCGGCAAUGAUAUCGUGUAUCUAUACACUAUAUAUAUAUGAACUGACAACGGCAAAAUCGUAUCUAUUUGAUAAAUAUAUUUGCUAUAAGAUAUAUAUGUUGGUUAUAAGAUUAUAUGUAUAUCAAGAUGAAAUCGCAUCUUUGAGCCCCUUAUCGUGCUUAAAACGCACACGCUAUACUGCAUGGACAAACAGAUGGCAAUUUAAUAUUUAUUUAUUUAUAAAACGUAGCCACAUAAAUUUAUUAAUGUUUUCCAGCCAUAUCUUUUUAUAUCUCAUUGUCGGAAGCAGUUUACAUUAGGCAGUCAUAAUUCAUAAACACAAAAUGGAGUUGUACAUGUUAAUAAAUGUAAUAUCUUUAUGCGUUGUAAAUGGUUUCUUCACAUUUGCUGGAAUAUUGCUCAAUUCAGGAGUUAUCGUCAGCUUGUGGAAAUCUCCGAAACUUCGCAGAGGAACUUGUCAUUUUAUGAUACUUGUGCUUUCCUAUUUCGAUGUACUUGUGAUCAUAGUUGCGCAUCCAACGGUAAUACUGUUAUCAAUCGCCUGGGCUUUUGAAAACUACACUGCGUCACAAACAGGGGAGAUUAUGAGAGAACUCCACAUAAUUUUACAGCAAUUAGAGCUGUGUGUAUUAUUAUCAAUGAACAUCGACCGAUAUAUUGCUAUAGUGCAUCCUUUCUUUUAUCAAGCCAGGGUAACCAAAGGACGGAUUCUCAAAUUUAUGAUCAUGAUACAACUAAUAGUUCCCUUUAUACCAAUACUGCGUCGUGUCUCGUACAUUAGGAAUGAGAUAUACAUAGCCACGGCAAUAAGUAUUGCUCUUUUUUUGGGUAUGAUGUUUUUCAUGAACUACAAAAUGUUUGUGGUCGCUAAGAAGAAAAGGCGAGCUACACCUGGUGACGGUACCAUUGGCCUGAAGAGAAACUCUACUUGCAUAUGGGUUAUUGCGUGUUUUGUUGUUUGCACCAGUCCACUUAUUGUAUACAGUGUGCUCAAGUUCGGCGCCUCAUAUGUUACACGAAGUGGAAAAUUUUGGACGACAUUUCGACUUUGGUCAUCUACCAUAGCGCCAAUGAAUUGCACUUUCAAUUGCAUCAUUCUCUUCUGGAGAAAUCGAAUUCUUAGACGCAAGGUCAACUAGUAUAGACAUUGUUGCAGAAACUCCUUAUCUUCAAGUCUUCUGAAGAUGUACAAACUCUAAGGAACUUUAAUAUUGGAACAUCUUCAGAGCAGGUGUAAAAACAAUAAAGAUAUCAAAGCUGGUCGUAUCAAAACAAAGUAGUACAAAGAAGAGCGUCGCGUAUUUCACUGGGUCAAAGACGACAAGAAAUGAUCAUAUAUGAAAAAAGAUGUGAAAUCUUAAAUUGAAGUUCUUUGGAAAAUAGAAGAGAAUUUUUCUUAUCGAUUGAAUGUUACAAGACGCAUGGCUUUAAUAUAUAAGGGUGUUAGCUAGAAUGACGCUGCAGCCAUCCGCUAUCAUUGCUUAACUUUUAAUCAAUAAUAUACAGCUUUGCAUUGGUUGCUGCAACCUCGUACACUCUAUCUAACAAUAAAUCUAACAAAUGGCAAAGUUCAAUCGUUUGUCCAUUUCGUUUCCAGUCAUUAAUAUUGAAAUCUUAAAACAGGGCAGUGUGGCGGGUGUAGGACAGGCUAUGCGGGUGUAGGGCAAGGUGUGCGGGUGUAGCAAUGGUGGACGCACCCGCAUAUUAAACAGGCCCCAGUGGUCUGUGCAGAAAAUAUUUUCUGCUUAUCUCGUUCCUCGGCCAGCAGAAAACAGCACUUAUUUUAUAACAACAAUAAUAACACUUAAUUUACUGUUUCUGACCGAGCUAAUUAUACCGUACCUUAAUACUAUACAACGCAUACAAUUUCUGCCCUCGUAACAAUACUACAAAGUUUCUUUCGAAAUUUUGCAUUAAGAGAAUAAUUAACACGGAGACGAAUAAUUAUCACUUUUUCAAUUUUUUAGAAAAACGUCGUUAGAAAGUGUAUUCUAAAAUUUUAUUAACAAACAUUAAAGAUAGCUGUUAAGUUUGAGUGAAAUUUUGACUUGAUUUAUCAUUUGACCUUUUUCAAAAGGGGGUUGCGUGACUUCAGAGGAGGUGCAAAAACUCUCAUGGGAUGUGCACACCUCCCCUCAAAAUCUGGCCAUGGAACAAACGCACAAGGAUGUUCAUAAAUCCACUUAGAUUCAUUUUAAUAUGUAGAUCAACGGUUUUCAACUUGGGGGACAUGUCCCCGAGAGGGGACAUUUGGCAAAUUCCUAGGGGACACAAACUGGUCUAGGACUGAGAAAACAAUAGUUGAAUACAAUAGUUGAAUACAAUAGUUUGUACUAUAAACAUGUUUGCUUGACUUUCUAUCUAUUAUUUAAAAUUUAAAUCAUUUACUAUUUUACUAUUUCGAAAUUCGUGUUUUUGAUAGACUUCAGUGGGCAAUUUCUGUUCAGGGGACGUGGUAAUUCAAUCAUGUGAAAUCGGGGACACAUGAGAAAACCAGUUGAAAACCGUUGAUGUAGAUACUUACGUGACCCUACAACUAUAAUAACCAGCGCCGCCAAGAGGGGGGGGGGGGCACUUUGCCCUGGGCCCCCAAAGCGACGAAGUCCCUUACAUCUUCUUGAUACAGGGUUGCUUGCGCGAGAAAAUAUGAAUCCUAGUUCUGUCAGUGCCGGAGAAUAUGCAAUAAAGUGCAAUAUAUUGUAAAACAUCGCUUCUUCUGUUUUACAAUUUUGAUGUCAUAGGGACCCCUGGGAAAGGUUUGCCCCGGGUCCAGCGCAACCUCUCGCCUGCUCUGAUAAUGACGUUCUCGUUUUGACGUCUUCUUCGACUUUUAAUAGGUGGAUACUCGUUUAACGUGGUUCGAAACUGACAGCUUCACGCCAAGUAUGAAAGCAAUUUCAUUGUCUUUAGAUGGAACACAGGUUUGUGUAUUCUCUAAAACAGGGUCCAAAUUCUGACUGAUUUGACUACCGUACUCAGUGGGCAUCUGAUUGGUUAAUCUGGUAGAUCAAGCGCAUCUGAUUGGUUAAUCUGGUAGAUCAAGCGCAUCUGAUUGGUUAAUCUGGUAGAUCAAGCGCAUCUGAUUGAUCAAUUGUCAAUGUCCGUUAACGGUAGUGGAAGUCAAAUCUGAACCUCUCUAAUAAAAUGCAUUUUGCAGGAUAUUUAAUGGUCCGCCCCUAACAACUCUAUCUGUAUUCUCUGUACUUUAGGAUGGUGUGAUCAUCCUUGGAUCACAUGAGCUGAUAGUUAUUUCAUUGGUGGAUGGCAAUAUAUUAUCGACGCAUUCUCUGCCCUGUGUUCCAACUCAGCCUUUGGUACUUGGUGAUAUUAAUAAUGAUGUUAGCGACGAAUUUCUGGUUCGCUGCAAUGACAGGUAAGUUCAAUCUAUGUAAUCCGAUCAAAUUGUAGUACAUUAUCUACAUGUUCCGACUUUUUAAAUACUAGGGAGUUUAAGAUCCCGACAACGAACAACGGGUACGGAGUACGGUUGAAGGCUUGUUUUCGCAUUGCUUUAACAAAGGCAGACAAAAUUUACAUAUCCCCAGAGCAUACUUUUCACCGUAGCGACCUUGGCUACAGCAUAAAAAUCACAUUCUUGUGUUGUAAAACACAAUCAAGAACAUUGCACCAAAACUGACUACGCAACGUUGCAGGUUGGAGAGUAUUUUUAUAAAGAAAUGAUGAACAUUAAAAUAUGAAACUUGCCGAACACAAAGCCAUGCACAUAAAACAUAUUUGGGAUAAACUUGUUAUGACAAGCAUUUAGUAUUUGCAUACAUACAACAAAAAGUAUUUCAAGCGUAGUCGGUAGUUCGUCGUGAAGAUCUUAAACUCCCUACUGUGUCACCUGACCCGCCGAACUGCGGGAGGGGGGGGGGGGCCAGCAGAGGCAAGCCAUAAUUAAGGUGGGUACUACCCAUUCUCGUCCCCAGAGCCAUUUUCACUCGGUCACUCGUUGAAAAUUAGGCUCUGGGUUAGACGACUAAAGGGAGAGAUAUGAUUGGCCUCUCAGAGAACUGCUAUUUCGCAGAAGUUGAGCAGUUUUCGCUAGGCAAAAUUAUUCUAUCAAAACAUGUCAACACAAAUACUUCGUAAUACUUCUCUGUGCAACCUCGUUUCCAGGGCCUUUUGAAAAUUUGCGCAUUUUCAAAAAAGCCCCUGGGAACGAGGUUGUUCUCUGUGAAAAUUGUUACGGGUGCUAAAGCGUCCCAAUUCAAGAGUAUGCGCUUUAGAAAAUACUGCACGGUUUCUUGCACUUCCGGUUUCGUGUAUCCCUGGGCUUGCGAAGGUCGCGCUUGGCCGAGAGGCCCUGAAAGUGCGAUUUUCUGGUCGAUCACAUUUGGAAGCCAAUUAUACUCGAAUAAAGCUUACUUAAGAACGAAUCCAAAAACAUUAAAGACUUCUUCAUACCUCCAAUAUUUAUACUAAUUAAACAUGAUCUACUAAUCACUGUUAGUUUACGAAUCAUUAUGAGAAAAAGUAGAGUCUUAAUGAAAUUUAAUUGCCGAGAGCUCUUUAUAGACUACAAAUUAAGUAGAUUUAAAUGAGCGAUGGAAUUUUUUAUGAAAUUCAGAAAAAGACGUAAUGUCAGUUUGGCAGAUGUGAACUGGUAUAUUCAUACACGUGUAAUGAAUAUAACAGCAAUUUGGCCAAGAAGCAAAUUGACUUUUUGAUGACUAAUCACUCUUAUACUAAUUAAUAUGUAUUAUUGUGCUUAUCAUUUACUUAUGUUAAUUCAUUAUGCGUCAACACUAAUUAUGAUUAACAUGACGUGAUUGUAUAUCACGCAAUAGUUUGCAUGACCGUGAUUCAGCACUCGUGUAGGUUUCUCGUUAAUAUAUCCUGUUGACGUUCAAAUUGUUGAGAAUCUUUCCGGAGAAAGGAAGACUCUUGACGAGGCUUUGUUAAGUCUUCCUCGAAAUCAAACAAUGCAUGGGAAUUCAGUGGCGCAAUCGUCAGCUAGGCAAGCGCCUUUCGCCUCUGAGAUCGUGGGUUCCCUGUGGACUCAUGUCACUUAUGUGAAAAGAGUCAGUCGACGCUCUACUGAAGGUUGUGGGUUUUCUUCGAGUACUCUGGUUUCCUCCCACAGACAAUGUUGAUAUGGUGCAUGGGUUGGGGUUAGCCCAUAACUGACUCUUCCACCGCUGUGCUCCAUGAUCAGACAUGAAUCAUAUAGACCCAUUGCACUGAUCCUUAGAGUGUCCUCCAGAUGCUCCCUAAUUAUAAGUAAUAUCAUGAAAUGAGGAGUAUUAUUCAUUAAACCACCCGCUCGACGAGGGUUAAUUUUAAUAAAUGACCCGAGUCGAGCGGGUGGUUUAAUGACUAAUACUCCUCAUUUCAUGAUAUUACUUUGUAAUAUUAUUUUUGCGUGAAUUUCACCCAAAUCAGUGUUCAGACACUGAUAAUGAUAACAAUUAAACGUUUGUGUGUUUUUCAGUGCAUAAUUUUGUGAUAAUUUUGCUCAAACUUUCCAGGUGAUAUGGUAAUACUAAUACGACCCGUAGUGACGUCAACUGAGGUCGUAUUAGUUCUAAUACGACCUGUACAUUUGAGUAGGCGAGUGAAUUAGUUACUAAUACAGCACAAUAGAACAAUAGAAAUUCACGCAAACAUGAUAUUACAAUACUAAUAGAGAGUUUGAGCAAGACAACGAAGUACCAAGACGAAGGCAUACUUGACAAUUUUUGCCGCCUGCACAUUAUCUUGCACAUACUGAGUUGGACGUCACUGAUAGUUGCUCAACGUGUCUUCCCAUGUGUCGCUGUUUAUGAAUACUGACCAUAAUUCUUGCCCUGAUCCAGAAGGGAACAACGAGACAUGAAACUAUAUCCCGUCUUUGUCCUUCUGCCUUCGUCCAGAACGAAGUUCACAACGAACUUUGCCAAAAUAUUCGUUGUGAACGAAGGCAGAAGAAAGAAGACGGGAUGGAUUCAUGUCUCGCUGUUUUAUUCUGAUCAGGGUAAGGAUUUGAGUCAGCAUUCACAAACAGCUAGACAUGAAUCUCUAAUCUGUCUUCACUCCUGACCCUAAACUCAGAAUGCGCAUGAUAAUGUGCAAGACAGGCAAAAAUUGUCAACCACAUCGUCGUCGUCCGACUUCGUUCUCUUGCUCAAACUCUCUAAUAUCUGUUCGGGUACAACAAACACACACAGCGCAAAAAUUAACCGUUUUAGUACAAAAUUAUUAUAAAGUUUUACAAAAUUUGCUUUGUUUACAAAAGUUAUAUUGUGCAUAGAUUGCUAAUUUGUCCUCCAGAUGCAUCGUCACCGGCGCUGUGACGUCAUGUGCAAUGGGUCUAAAAGGUGGCUGCCAGAGGCGCCCUUAGAAAGCCUUCGAGUCUGAUGAAGUUGAGCUGCGACCUUCGUAAUUCAGCUUGGCUGUCAUGCAGCUGCAAGUAAGGAUGAUUAUCACACCCCGACACCCACACUCACUUAUAUGCUUUAUAUAUACAUAAAACGUUUGGUUCUUGAAGUGCGCAACAACAAUUUAGUCUGAAGGUUAAAAAAUCUUCCCAAAUUCUAGAGCAAGGGCCCGUGGGUGGAGAAGAUCGAUAUCAUGUGUUAAAAGCAUUCCUGAUAAAAACUGUAGCAAUCAAUAUAUUCCGGAUAGAAAACGAAGUUUUGUUUAAAAAUAUUAUAGCCCAGACAACAUAGCAUCUCAAACAAUUUUCGAUUCGGAUGAUCCAAGGACUUGGAAAUCUGUGUGUCUCAUGAAGUGCAAUUCAGCACGCAGACUUAUAUAGGAUCUCCACGUCAUGUUGUAGUUAUUGCAUGUAUUCUCUCACUUAUCGGGACCACAGUAAUUGACUUCACAUUCACAAGCUGUUGUGGGCACUGGCCACGAAGUAUUCAUUGACUUGUUUUCUGUCUUGUUUAGUUUUUAAGUCAGUUAAGUGUGUGUGUAUAUAUAUGUGUAUAUCUAUUGUGGCAAAAUAAAUAAAAUAAAGUUAAAUAAAUAAAUAAACAACUAUUUUAUAAAAGAGCCAUAAGCCAUUUAGUUUAUUCAAGCUUAUGUUUCGUUGCUUCUUGCAACAUCUUCAGAUCAAUAUAAACUUAUUGGCUUAUUCAAAUUUGAAUUUUCUAACCGUUAAUACCGUUGCAUGUAGAAGCCGUUAUAGAAUAGAAUAACCUUAAAUUGCACUGAAGAUGUUCCAAGAAGCAGCGAAGGGAGGCUUAGAAAAAUCGUUUAUGCAUGCUUCUAUUUAAAAUAGUUGUCUGGGCUGUAAUAUUUUGGCAAAGUUUUCCUGAUAAUCCUUAUCAUGGUAAACAAGAUUUUACAACAUACUGACUCUUUGCCAAAAUAAAAUUUGCUGUGUAUAGCACUAAGGACACGAUUAAAGUUUUCUUUGUUAUAAGUACUUGGUUUACUUAUUUGGUAUAAGGACUUAGUGUUAAUUGGCUUUGACUUUGGAAUUGGAGUGUUGGUGCCUCAAAGAUCAGUCAUGUGCUUCUAUACACAGUGACAUUGAAAGGUGGGACACUUAGAUCUCAAGGUUAUUUUUGUGAAUAAUUGCGCAAAUUUACAUGCAUGUAAAACAGUUCCCUUCUCCCGUUUCAAUGUUUUAUUGUUUGCUGGGAGAGUUAUCGACAACGCAAUACUACCUCAGAGAGAAAUAUAGAUGCUAAUCUCACAACAUUGAACAUGGAAAAGGGAAGCUAUAUACCGGUUACCAUUUUAGGAUAAUCGGUCCACGAAUUUUGCACGAUUCCUGAUUUUGCAACAUAUUGACUCUUUGCCAAAAUAUAAUUUGCUAUGUCGAACUAAGGAUACCAUUAAAGUUUUCUUUGUUAUAAGUACUUAGUUUACUUAUUUGGUAUAAUAUAAGGACUUAGCGUUAAUGAUUUGCUUUGAGAAUUUAGUCAUGUGCUUCUACACGGUGACAUUGGAAGGUGGGACACUUAGAUGAGUUAGAUCUCAAGGUUAUUUUUGUAAAAAUUGCGCAAAUUCACAUGUAAAACUCCUCUCCCCUCUCCUGUCAAUGUUUUAUUGUUUGCUGGGGCAGUUAUCGACAACUCGUGCAAUAUAAUACAAAGCCACCUCAGAGAGAAUAUAAAUAUCAUUAGUCUCACAACAUUGAACAUGCAUGGAGAAGGAAGGCUAUAUACGUUACUUGCUCGAUAUUCCUGAUUUUGCAUCAUAUCGACUCUUUGCCAAAAUAUAAUUUGCUAUGUCGAACUAAGGAUACCAUUAAAGUUUUCUUUGUUAUAAGUACUUGGUUUACUUAUUUGGUAUAAUAUAAGGACUUAGCGUUAAUGAUUUGCGUUGAGAAUUUAGUCAUGUGCUUCUACACGGUGACAUUGGAAGGUGGGACACUUAGAUCUCAAGGUUAUUUUUGUAAAAAAUUGCGCAAAUUCACAUGUAAAACUCCCCUCCCACGUUUCAAAGAGAUUUUCGCUGGGAGAGUUGUCGAAACGCAAUAGAAUACAAAACCAUCUCGGAAAGAAUCUAAAUUUUAGUCUCAAUGCAAGGUUCGUUUACACUUGCAUUUUUCCUGCGAUUUUAGAUGCGAUUUUCUUCUUUUGAUGCAUGUAAACGAGUGGAUGAGUUAUGAAUGUUGGGUUGAGGGUACAUGUACUCAUAAUAUUCAUAACCCUCUACUUGUUCAUAUACAUCAAAAGAAGACAUUCACACUAGAAUGCAAGUCAGGUAAACGUUCCUUCACAUGCAUGGGAAGGGAGGCUAUGUUACCGUUUCAGCCGAAAAGGGAAGAAGCCCUGGGAACGAGGUCGCGUUUCAGCCUAAUCAGUCCAUGAAUUUUGUUGUCGAUUGUUGCUCUACGACCGAAGCUUGGUUCUUGCAAUAUGCGCACGUCUCUUCCAAACACAAACGUUUUGUCCGUGUUCUCCGGUUUCCUCCUGUAAUAACAUGGCCAGAAAAGUUUGAAAUUGGUAGAGCUAUCAAUUUGAAUAAAGGUCGUAGCUUUGGGAAGCCAAUAUCAUUAUAAGUGCGCUCUCUGUUCAGUUGUUUUGUAAGUAUUUUUCAAUGUUUUGGAUAAUGACAGUAUAAGGCAUUUCUUUGCGGGUGGUUUCAAUGAUGUGGCAUGAUUGGAGACUGUUUCAAUAUAUUUAAUUGAUACAAGCGUAGGUGUUUCAUGCGUUUUCAAAAUCAACCGCCAAAAAUAACAAACAAAGUACUUGAAAUGGCUCAGACAUGUGACUAAUUAUCAGACAAUAGUCUUUAUUAAGUAUUCGAAAGAAGCUUGAAGAAGAUUCAUUAGAUGCACGUUCCAGUCUUAUUGAGUUCAAUGGAUCCUGUCCAUAGACAUUUAUAGUCUUAAGCCUGGUCCAUACUGUCAAAGUUGCUGUGAUUACAGUAGGAAUUUUGCACAGGUAAAUUCUAGGUUUUGAAGUAUUUGUAAGAAAUGUUUGAGGGAAAUGAAUUAGUGCUAAACAGUGAGUCAGUUUCCUCAAAGAUUUCUUACAAUUCCUUCAAAACUUCCUGCUGUGAUCACAGAAACUUUGAUAGUGUAAGCCAGGCUUUCUAGUCGUCCAAAGACAUGCAUGCAUAUUUAAUUUUGCUCUUAUCAGCUUUCAAGAUUCCCCGGGAUAACAGAUCCGCAGAAAUGGACUUGCAUGGAGAGACAUUUGCACUGGAAAGUUCUUUCCAAUUAAACUCUUCAAUUAUUCCAACGGUUCUUUCUGAAACUUGUGUUAUAGCACGACCAUAAAUUCCUUUUUUCAAAGCUGGAUUAGCGCUAACCCUGUGCCUUUAAUCCCCCAACAUUUGAUAAAAUGAUCGGAGAAUUAUUUAUCUAAUGAAUCUCCAUAGAUGUAGUCGGGCAGAUUAUACUUAAAAAUCGGGCAGACUAUGCUAGAAAACGGGGCAUGAUGCUAUACUUAAAAAUUGGCAAAUGAUGAAAAGGAAGCACGGCGCUUAUUAAACCCCACCCUACCCAUCACCCCCUCCCCAAAAAAUAUUUUUGUAAUAAUUCGGGCAAUUUCGCUCAAGGUCGGGCAAGGUCUCCCUAUAGUCUUUUUCCUUCCGUACGCCUAUGUGAAUCUACCCCAAACUAUUAUGUUUCAGAGAUUACUGUCUCUAAUUAAAUUGGCCACAAAUCUCCGCCACUUUAAUACCAUUUCGGGAAAUUUGUUUGUCCGUUUUGGCGCCGAAAUUUUUAAAAAGAACGAGAUGCGUCGCACCAAACACCCACGUGUAACAAUUAAAUAUAUUGAAACAGUUGUGAAUCUAGCUGUAUCAUUAUUAACCACCAAAGAAAUGUCUAGUUGUCAUAUAGCCAAAACAUUGAAAAGGUAACUAUAUACAAAUAUAGCAAAACCCGAUACAAAAAUUGUGAACCCCCAACAGAGCACACACUUUGUACGAUAUUGGUUGUCUAAAAAUGAGAAUAAACUGAUUUUCUUUCAUCUGAAUAGCUCAAUCUUAAACUUUUUAAAAAUUUUGCAGAAUCAGAUGUCCUGUAGUAAAGGCCAUCUCUUAUUGAACGUAAAGCAUGGUUCACACUAGCAAUUUUGUCGGCGAUUUGUGUUUCUGACGGAUGCAAAUGAGUGAACUCGCACACAAAAGUAUAGAGUCGCUUUUCAGAAGUAAACAAUUCUCAGUCUUUUGCAUGUCAUUCAUUCAAUCACAUCUGCCAGGAGGAGAAAAAUCACCGACAGAAAUGCUAGGAUGGAUGCAAGCUUAAAUUAAGGGUCCUUAAUGUAUAGAUGGUCAUUCUCGUUAAUGAAAUUGGACACAUUAUUUUAUGACUCGUAUAUAUAUUGCCUUUCUUGUUCGUUUCCAUUCGUGAAGAGUUUCCUUUUCUGAAGAGUUUCCUUUCCCCGGCGGAAAAGAUUCUCAACCACCUGAACGUCAACAGGAUACAUUAACGACACGCAAACAUGAAUGCUGGUGCCAAGUCAUUGCCCAUGGCAACCAUGUCGUGAUAUACAUCAUCACAUUAGUAUUAUUUACAUAUAUAAAAAUUCCACUGGAAAUUUCCAUCGACAAAUCCCUUGAACAAUGGAUGAUUCCAGCGCUAUAGACGAAAUUUUGAUCUAGGCAAGAAGAACGAAAUCCCAUUACCACAGCUAGAAAGAGCAUCUUAAAAUGAAUAAAAUUGCAAAGUUUGGUUGCGAAAGUGGUUCAGUAUUUUUACCGCGCAUAAUACAAAUAGGCUAUAUAGAAAAUUUGCGAACUUCACAGGGCUAUAUUUUCUUCAUUUUAUAACAAUUAGCCACCAAUCUUUAACCAUUACUCAUUCUAAGAUGCUCUUUCUAGCUGUGGUGUUGGAUUUCGUUUUUCUUGCCUUGAUCAAAAUUUAGUGUAUAGCUGGAAUCACCCAUUAGUUGAGUAAGCUGCCCAAAACCCUGAUAGGCUGAUACUUAAGCCCCGUUUACACUACGCGCAAUUUUUGGUACGGCAAGGAUAAAAUUGGUACCCAUACCACUUUUUUGGUUCUUGGACUACCUAAAUAGGUAGUCCAAUUAAAGAACCAAAAAGUGGUAAGGUACCAAAAAUUGAGCGUAGUGUAAACGGGGCUUAGCUAAAUAGGUAGUCCAAGAACCAAAAAAGUGGUACGGGUACCAAUUUUAUCCGUGCCGUACCAAAAAUUGAGCGUAGUGUAAACGAGGCUUUAUACUCAUACACCUUACAUUGGCAUCACCUCCGUAUUUAUACAUGAACUUGUGGUUAGAGCUCGACAACUGUCUUUCUGUAACUCACUUGGUUAGAGCGCUGUACCGGAAUCGCAGGGCCGCAGGUUGGAUUCCUGCCAGAGGGUCGAUUUCACAACUUCUGGUUAGGUCUAAAAAAUGUAUAAAAAUUCCACUCGAAAUUUCCGUCGAGAUUAUCCCUUUAUGCAUGGAACCAUUUCGUAAUGUAUACAUCGAUCAGUACAUAGUAUUAUUUCAUAACUGAAUUCAUAUACAGUCAAAUUGACAUGCAGAACUUCUCUCGUACAACCAUGGAUAAUAAAAUAAAUGGACAGGAAACUAACUGACGUGAUCUAAUGUUUUCAAUGGGCUGAUGGCGUGGUUGGAUGUUGAAACCUAGUUGCAAACCAAAUUCUCAAAAACGGCAUGUUUAGCAAUAAUACAGCUAAACAUUUUAGUCAAAGAGCAAAUAAAUAUGACUACGCCAUUCUACGAUGAAAUCUCUAAGUAUUCCCUGUCAAUUUUAGCAAAUAUUUCAAGCACUAAACAGUGAAAAAUACAUCGCAAAUUUCGUUAAAAUUGGGGACGCCAAUUUCGUAGCUACAAAUGUAAAAAAAAUACAAAACAAAGACGAAAAACAUUUACCUUGAAUACUUUGUCGUGGCUUAGGCAUGUUUUUAAAUUAAAACAAUUACACCAGUUUAUGCUUCAAAUUACUCUUUUAAAGCGGAAAGUAUAGCGAAACAACAAAAAUGCCGAGAACUUUGCAAUACGCGUGACGUCACAGAUUGCAACCAGGUUGUUUUUACUUACGUCAGCUAGAGUCCUAUCCAUUUAUUUUAUUAUCCAUGAUACAACUGAGCAUGCAACUAUAGGGCAAAAUUAUAAUUAGGCGCGGCCGUACAUAAGAAGUAAGAAAAGAGGCCAAAGGAUUAACACCAUAAGUAUAUAUAGGAGUGAGAAUUAGAAACAGUUAUAUUAUGCACUGAACUGAUAUCACUGAGAUCAGACUCGGUCACAAAGUUCCAGACUCGCGAGUCACAUAUCUCGAGUCAUAUGACUUGGACUCGAGACAACCUCGUACCCAGGGUAUUGCAUGCUCGUGUGACUCGCGACUUGACUUGCGUUGAUUUGCAGGAAAUGACUUGCGUUACCAACGAAAGUCAAACAUAUAGAUUCGUAAAGUUAAUUUUCUACCACUGGAAAUUCAUCGAUGUACAUGCAAUGAACCGGCUAUACAUGACAUGCAUAUGACAACUUUAAUAAACUAACUAGCGCAGCUGCUUAAAACGUUUAAAACAUAGCUCAUUGCAAAGUAUAAUAUAGAAUAAUAGGUACUAUAUAUUGUCACGGGUAAAAAGAACUCGAGAAUCACUUGCAACUUGACCACAGAAGUAAUGACCUCUGACUUGACUUGCUACUCGCGGAGUAAAUGACUUGUGACUUGACUUCGGGGCGUAUUGAAAACGAGACCUGUUAACUACUCUAAUAUAAGGUGCGCUUGUACAAACAUCCCAAUCAUUGACAUUGGCUUUUGUCCACCAGACUCAGUGACUUGACUCUAUAAAAAUCGAUGACAGGCUCCUGACAUCAAGUGACAUGUAUAUGCUAUUAUGCCGGAUAAGUUAACUUAAUCUCGUCAAUCUUGUCUUGCAAGUCGACUGUAUAAUAUUAAUAUACCCUUGACUCUUUGUGUUUUAAUGAAGAAUAAUGUAAACACAACUGAAGUGUUUGUUCAGCUAUAAAAACAAAGGUCACUCUUCAGAUACAAGCACUGUUUGGCAUAUGAAAGGUUCAUUGUCUACCAAAUAAGGGUUUCGUUCUUAUAUUUUGUGACUGCAUGUGUUCCUGCUAAUCGUGAAAACCGUUCAUAAUUAUAUAUAGCUUUUUUUUGCAUAGAACACAUUGUAGAUUCUACUUUGCUGCAGCACAUAAUUUAAAUGAUUCAAUUAUAUUUAACUUGGCAAAGUUUCAAAGUUUUAGCAAUAUAACAUGCAUGGUUUCAUAUUUAGAAUAAAUAUAUGAAACUAGUUUUUUCAUGGUUCUGAAAUAGAACUGAAACACUGCAACAAAGACAAGCGUUAAGUCAUCGCGAAAAUAAUCAGGAAAAGCCAAAGACUCAUUUUUGGACAUUACUUAUAAACAGCACUUAAACUUUCAAAAACGCAUAGGUGACCUUUAAUAUAAGCGUUGCUAUGUUGCACAAGGUGGCCAACCUUAAAAAUAACUGACAGCUUUGAGAGUGUGCAAAUGAUGCUAUAAGUAUUUCCAUUGUACAUGUAUGUAUGACCAUCACACAUGCAGAUUAAGAACUUAUACAGCCUCAAACUUGCCAUUUAGACACCCUUAUUCAUCGGAACCAAUUCAGCCUGAAAUUUGGCAAAGGAGCUAUGUAAUCAAUUAAUCGGCACAGAUACGCGAUGUGGUGUUUUUAAAUAGAAUUCUGAAAAUUUUGAUUUUCGAUAAUUUUCACUAUCACACUGUUCAGGAAUGAAUAGCAAUUACACGACUGGUCACGUGACCACGAGAAAGUUUUAUUUUUCCCCAAAUCCUUUUAGAAGCAAAUAUUGACCGAAGUUCUCUUAAAUCGCCCGAACUCGCAUUGCAUAAAGGUUCAUGAGUUUUUGCUUAAAUUUUAUACCACCAAGUAGGCCUCGCUGAAUCCAUACGGAACAUAUAAAGAAACGUUUUAAAACUUUUAUAUAUUGUACUUGCCAAGUUGCAUCAGGAAUGAGUGACAUUUGGCAACUUCAGACUACAUUUAACUUUUUGACCUCCAAUUUGGAAGACAAAGUUUUGUUUGCCCCGCAGAAACAUUGUUUAUUUGCAGAUCAAAGCCGCAUUAUAUUAUUUUGCUGGAUAUAAACACCUCACUUGGUGUCUAUUUUAAGAUCAACUUGUUGUUAAUUGUUCGAGCGCUUGGCACCGAAAGCCAAUAUCAAUCUAAAAUUAACUGCAAUUUUUCCACACAAUAAAGUUACCGUUAAAUGAUUUCUGAAAUUUUACCAAUUGUAUGAUAUUGGAUGCCUUAAAUGGACUGCGCUAUUCCGCGAUUUUUCUACUUUAUAAGUUUUUCGCCGAUAUUUAAUUCGUUAAGCAAAAAUAUAUGCAAUGUUUUGAACUGUAACAUUCAGUAAUUUAUACAGAAUGAUUGUUCAUAGUGUCAUAUGGGCGGAAGCCCAUGGCCAGCAAAACAGCCAAUAUCGUUGCAAAGUCAAGUGCAAUUUUUUCCUCAAAAUGGACCCAUUGUUUUUCGAAUUAUUAUAUUAAAGAUUUAACUUUAUUUAACUGGAUAGCUCUGUAUAAGGUCUGUUUGAACUGCUUUAAUUCCUAUAUGUUAUGGUUCGCUCUUAUUGUACAAGAGGAGCCCCUCCGGGAGGAACCGAUAUACAUUUCCAAAAACCUAUUAAACCCAUGUCGACAUUCAGUUCGAUCGAGCGAGAUGUAGAUUUCAAAAUGUUUUUUUUUUUCACUUCACUUGGUUGAACUCUAACCAAUUGAGCUACAGAGGCCAUUUGUCAAGCUGUACAACGCUGUACCGGAAUCCAAGGUCACAGGUUCGAAUCCUGCUAGAGGUUCUAGUGAUGCAUUUUUCGCAACCGUUCCUGGUCAUCCGUAUUAUAUUUAUUGCAUGGCGUGAUUUAACCAUAGAAAUAUUAGUGUCUAUAUUAUUUCUAUGGAUUUAACCAAUAGAUGCUGGGAGUCUAAGUGAAAUCGAAAAAAUACUCGAAAAAAUUUCUGAUCAAAUUUCAUUUUGGUCUGAUAUUUUUCAGGAAUAUUUUUAGACCCCUUGUGCGGAAGAUUUUGAGCAAGUCUAGUCCAACCAACAUCCUUAAUUUAUUUCGUUUUAUUCCAGAUAUAUUGCAUUCAGUUUGGAGCGUUACAACCGGAUGUGGCUGACGUUACUUAUGUACAGCGGUAUAGCAUGCUUGGUUGGCUUCGUAUUAUUCAUAAUAAAGUUCAUUGAACGCGAAGAGUUUCCAUUCGACACGUUCGAUCACGCGGUGAAAGCACUGAGAUUCUUCCCGAUACAAGGUACCAAGCUGUGA